AUGUUAGGGCGUGCGGUCAGGGGACGCCUUACGGGGAAUGGGAGGAGUUUCAUGGGUCUUACUUGCAUAGGUUGCUUUCGGGAUGGUUCUUCGCUCAGUUAUUACUCUUCGUUCUUCCGAGUCGCCCUAGUGGCGGCACGCGGGUGUUCGCUUAUACCCUUGGUUGUGCUCUCUUGGUUUAUACCCGCAUGUAAAUAG